AUGGCUUCAGAAAUCCGUGCACUCUACCCGGAUACUCUUUUACGUCUGGCCAUCACGCUUCCCGGUGUGCUCCAUGUUGAGAAAUCACCGGCUCAGAUUGAUGUUCAUACCGCGCUGGAAAGUUUCAAGGUCAAUGCUUUAGGACAAAUGCUCCUUAUGAAGCAUUUAUCGCCAUUUCUACCAGGAAAAUCAUCUCCGCCGUUUGAAGACACCCAACAGUCGUCCAAGGUAAACAGGACGCUGCGAUAUCUGCCCCUACAUUCGACCUAUGCAAUGAUGGCAGCCCGAGUCGGGUCCAUCUCUGAUAACGCCUCCGGUGGAUGGUACUCGUACCGUGCUAGCAAGGCGGCAGUUUUUCAAUUAGCAAAAACAUUCGACCUUCAUCUGCAGUCUCGAAGCAAAGAGCGAGCUAUGGCGAUUGCGAUGCACCCAGGAACCGUUCAGACAGACUUCACCCGGAAUUACUGGAGUGGAAGAGCAAUGCUUCAGCCCGAAGAAUCAGCCGCAUCCCUUGUAGAAGUCCUAUGCACGUUGGGGAGUGACGCAAAUGAGGGUCGCGGUCGGUGCUGGGAUUGGAAAGGCCAGGAGGUCAUGCCAUAAACGAUUUUGGGACCAUAGGUAUUGAAAGGACCACUGGAAUACAGCCUCUGUUGCUACUUCUUCACCUCGAGGGCCAGGUUCUAACAGAGGUGUAGUGUGUAGUCAUACUAACCAGCACCCAGGCAGGUUGUGCUCGAGUAUAAAGGCCGCCAGCGUUAUGGCGAAUAAAUAUAGUGACACCUAUCCUG